GAGUUGUGCUUUCACACCAGGCUUGAGGCAGAAAUGCACUUGACUGUAUCUUGUCUGCUUGAGACAAAAAUAACUAUCUAGCAGACUAUAUCUAUACCAUGGUAUCAAUAAUAUACCAUCAAUCAAUAAUUAAUGAGAAGAAUUAAUGAAUAACUAAACUCAAAACAAGGCAGUAAGACAAAAUCCAACUGCCAACAAACCCCCCUAUCAGCCAUCUAAGAGUGAACCAGACCGAGCAAAGAAGAAAAAGGGAUAUUUUUAAAAAGAUGAGAAAUCUAGAAAGAAAGAGAAUCUCCAAGAAGGCAUUAAUGCAACAGUAUGGAUGCCACCUGCCACAAAACACGACUGCCAGCCAACCAACACAGCCUAAAUUAUAUAAAUCUGUGAUUGAGGAUGUGAUCAACGACGUACGAGAGCUGUUCCUGGAUGAGGGAGUGGAUGAACAAGUGCUGCUGGAGCUGAAAACGCUAUGGGAGAACAAGCUGUUGCAGUCGAAGGCGGUGGAUGGUUUCCACACCGAGGAGCAAGCAGCUUUGCAGGCUGCUCAGCAGCAGCAACAGCAGCAGCAGCAGGUGCAGCAAGUGCAGCAGGUGCAGCAAGUCACUCAGCCGGCGCAGGCUCAGCAGGUCAUCCUGCCCCCACAGCAGCAGCAAGCCCCGCAACAGCAAGUCAUUGUUCAGGAUUCUAAGAUUCUGCAACACAUGAGUGCAACGGGGAUGUUCUUCUCCUCAGAGCAGGCUAACUGGUCCAAUAACAGGCAGAAAGGAAGAGAAGGCAGGAGAGUGAAGAGUGCAGCAGCUACCGCAGCAACACUUGCUCUGCCCACAGGGGUCACACCGUACCAACAGCUCAUCACCAGCCAAGGUCAGAUUUUGCAGGUUCUCCGUGGCCCCAAUGGAACUCAGUACAUUAUCCAGCAACCACAGCAGCCAAUUCUGCUGCAGCAGCAGAUGCAGCCUGGAGGUGUGCAGGCACCCGUCAUACAACAGGUGCUGGCUCCUCUGCAGGGAGCCCUGCCCCAGCAAACAGGAGUCAUCAUUCAGCCGCAGCAGAUUGUCCUGGCUUCCAACAAACUUCAAGGCAAUACACAGGUGAUGCAGGCAGCGACUACGGCGCAGCAGCCUGGUCAGGCGACAACGACGGCAGCUCUGGUCCAGCAGGUACAUCAGGUACAGGGUGCCGCUCCACCACAGGCCCAUCAGCAGCAGGCCCAGGUUCAGAACAAGGCCCAGGCUCAACCUCAGGCACAGCAGCCCCCGCUGAUGCUGCAGGUAGACGGGGCCGGAGACACCUCAUCAGAUGACGACGAGGAUGAGGAGGAGUAUGAUGAGGAUGAAGAGGAGGAGAAGGACAAGGAUGCGGAGGACGGGCAGGUGGAGGAGGAGCCACUGAACAGCGGCGACGAUGUGAGUGAUGAAGAGGACCAGGAGCUGUUUGAUACAGAGAAUGUAGUAGUGUGCCAAUAUGACAAGAUUCACAGAAGUAAGAACAAAUGGAAAUUCUAUCUGAAAGAUGGAAUCAUGAACCUGAAUGGGAGAGACUAUGUCUUCUCCAAAGCCAUCGGUGAUGCUGAGUGGUGAAUUAGAAAAAAGCAAAAUCAGGAGCGGGAACUCUGAAACUCCUCCUAUGUUAGCAGACUCUUCAGUAUCCUUCCAUAUCCUGUAACUGGAAUCUUUCAGGAAAAUCUCUUUGGAGUCUUUGAGAACUCUGACAAGCCUAAAGGACUGUGAGGGUACUGUAAAAUUGACAUGUCCAACGAGAAACUUACAGGGAAGGAAAAGCCUGUGAGCUAAGCAUCAUUUCACCUUUUGUUUUGUCUCGUCCUCCUUUUGAAUUCACAUUCACAUGGUACGGGUGUAGUGGACCAGGGCGACGUGACUUGCCCUGAUGCAGGGGGUCAUAGGUCAUUCAAAAAUGCCCCAUACAUGAGAAUCACCUUCAAAAUGCACUGUAGUUGGUUGACUGGACUGACUCCUGUUUGCUUUUAAGCAUAAACGUAGUGCCACCAGUCGGGAUUUCUGCCUUUAGUUUGACCAGAAUCUAAAUUGUGGCUUAUUUUUGUUCCUAGAUGGUAAUUCAGUGUGAUGGCGCUCCAGAGUGUUUUUAUGUAAUUAACAGUUUGCUAUUGUUUUAAACAUUUUUUUUAAGAUAUGGAUAUAAAUAUAUAUAUAUAUUUUAAGCGUUCAAACAAUGGGUGUGAAGUUGUGUUGCUCUCCGAAUAAGUCAAGCUAAAUCUGAAAAGCAGUUAUCUUCUGUCGUUCGUCUCUCUGGAGCUUCAUUCCACCUUCUUUUUUGGAACUUGGACGAAUUGAAACAAGAACAGAUCCGACAUCUAUGAACUGUACAAAGCGUCUGAACGUUUGUCCUGUUGUUUGCUCUUGUUUUAGUUUUCCUGUAGUCAGCUGGAAAUUUUGCCCUGUCAGGUAAUCGGUGUGUUUGUUAGUCAGUGACCACGGCGUGCUCUGUCCUCCCCAAUUUUCACAGGAAGUCAGUCAGUGAUUGACUGCGUAGGCAUGUGGUGCAUGUUGAUGUGUGUGUGUGCGUGUGUCUUCACUGCAGUCUUUUUUUCUUCACCGGCUGCAUAACCCCGACGCCACCUUUCACAUUGUACAAUGGAGGGGAAAAGUUGACAUCUCCCCUGUUCAAUUGUUAGUUUUCCACGUAUUCCUAAAAGUUCUUUGUUUUCGAGAGAAGGUCGGAAAGCCGUACCAAACUGUGCUCUUAAAAAAAAAGUGUUCCUUUUUUUCUGUUGACUGAGCAACGCUCCACAGCGCUGCGUUCCAAUUUUUCAUCCAUAAGUUCUCCUGGGAUUUUAUGUUAUUUGUGAUUUUUGUUUUUCUUUUUUAAAAGAAAAACCCAAGAAUAUUUUCUAUCAAUGUGCGUUUAACUCGGGGCCUGUGUGUCACUGCAGCUUGUUUUUAGUGGCCCCUAUUGCAGAAAUUUGAAAUAAAGUAUGUUUUUUUGAA